AAAUCUAGAAACUUCCGAGAAAAAAAACUGAUCUCUCAAUUAGAUACAUAUAGCCAAGGGAUAUGGAAGAAGACAGGGUAUCAUUGUUGAUGGAAGACUGGGCGGUGAAUGUUGAUGUUCUGGAUAAAGAUUUGCAGAAGGCGCAAUGGAAUAAGCCUUCUAUUUACAAGUUGCCGGCAACUACCACAGGUGGUAGUAACGAUAACAACAAAAAAUCCGCUGCUUACUUUCCUCACACUGUCUCCUUUGGUCCUUACCAUCACGACAAGGGUGACCAUCUGAAGAAGAUGGAUCCCCAUAAGCGUCGUGUCCUCGGUCAUUUCCUACAAAGGUACAAAAUAACUCUCCAAAAACUUGUCGACUCGCUCACCACCACCAACUACAGAUGGCAACAGGUGGAUCAUACUGACAAUGUCAGCGAUCCAAAGGAAUUACCAAUAGAUAUUCAGAAGGAGGUCUUACCUGUACUCCAACAUCUCAUGGAUGCUUAUGACUCCCUAGAUGAUAAGUGGCUCCAUGAUCACGAUGGAUUCUUGAAGCUCAUGAUACUUGAUGGGUGUUUCAUGCUUGAAAUUCUGCAGUGGUCUUCCGUAAAUGACGAACAUAAAGCACUAGAAUCUGGAUCGAUAUCAGAAGCUACAGCCUCAGUGGUUAGAAGAAACAAACGAAAAACUACAGCCUCCGCCUUGACAGGCUCAGUUGAUGACUACUGCUAUGCUGACAAUGACCCUAUUUUCAGUCUUCACGGCAAGUUGUAUUUCAUGUCUUACAUAAGGAGGGACAUGCUGAUGCUCGAAAACCAACUCCCUAUGCUUCUUCUUAAGACUUUGCUUGGUGCUGCUCUGCCGACUGAACCAAAGGAGGCUAUCGAAAAGCAUUUGAACACGAUUAUAUUGAACUUCUGUGGAGGCAAUUCAGAAUAUGAAAACCAAAAUAUGAGUCCAUGCUUGCACGUAUUGGACCUCAAUAGGAAGAGCCUACUACAGUCGAAAAAUUUGCCAGAAAGACUUUGCAAAACUAAGAACUGCAGCAAGGUGAAAGAUCGUACUUUUAUUUUUGGUCAUAGGAAGUGUACUGCUCAAAAGAACAGAACCGCUGCUCAAAGGUCGGUAACGAAUCUUCAUGAGUCUGGAAUCAAGUUUGAGGAAAGUACUAGUAAUUUUCACCCAACUGAAAUAUGGGUUGAAGGUCACACACUGAAACUUCCAGUGGUGGACAUCGACGACACCAUAGAAUCGAAGUUACUCAACCUGAUGGCAUUCGAGAGGAUCCACGUAGGAGUAGGGAACGACAUUACGUCAUACGUGUAUUUCAUGGACAGUAUCAUCGAUUCCGCAGACGAUGUUAAAAUCCUGAGGACUAGUGGUGUAUUGAUCAAUUCGAUUGGAAGUGACAAGGCAGUGGCAAAGUUGUUUAAUGAAUUGUCCAAGGACGUAACCCCAGACCCUGAGAACAUGCUAGAGAAAAUAGUGCUGAAAGAGCUGGAUGACCACUGCAAGAAUCAGUGGAACGAGUGGCGUGCUACCCUCAGUCACACCUACUUCAAGAGCCCAUGGGCGUUUCUCUCCCUCUUGGCUGCAGUCCUACUCUUGGCUCUCACCAUAUCUCAGACCUUCUAUGCUAUCUAUGGUUAUUACAAGCCUCGGAAGUAGUAGGCGCAUUGCUAAAUUUAUUCCCCUGGGUUAAACUUGUUGUCCAACAGAAUUUUCAGAUUAUCGUAAUUGCUUAUCGUUGUUUGUAUUGUUUUUCUUUUCUAGCUAUUGCUUGUUUAUUAAAAUUGGCAAGUGCUUGUUUAUUUCUAGUUUCUACUUUCAAAG